AUGAUCGAACUGGGCCUUCAGCGCAUCUCGCGUCUCUUGAGCAAAGCACCUUUACCAUGGAAGGCGGUCCAUGUCGCCGGCACCAAUGGCAAAGGCUCUGUCUGUACAUACGUCUCUGACAUGCUCAAUACAUACAACCGAUCCAAGUGGCGACAACGAAGCGGUCAUGCUAUGCUUCGUCACGGCAGGUUUACCAGCCCCCACCUUAUCAACAGAUGGGACUGCAUCAGCCUGAGCAACGAAGAUGAGAUGAAGACUGUGCCCAAGGCCUUGUUCCAUGACGUCGAGGAGAGUGUUCAGAGUAUCAACAAACAGCACCACAUCGAGGCCAGCGAGUUUGAACUCCUCACAGCGACCGCCUUUACCAUCUUCACCAGAAGCAGUCUCGACUUGGCGGUAGUAGAGACCGGCAUGGGCGGCAGACUUGAUGCGACCAACAUCCUUGGACAGAUAUCAACCGACCACGUCAACAGAGAAGGCAUCGACAUGGCCACGUUCCGACCACGUCCUUUGGUCACAGCCAUCACCAAGAUUGGACUGGAUCAUCAAGCAUUCCUCGGCGACACCAUCGAAGCCAUUGCCCGAGAGAAAGCUGGCAUCAUGAAACCUGGCGUGCCGGUGUUGUACGACAGAACGAACCAGCCCUCUGUGCGACAAGUGCUGAAAGAGAGCGCCCAGGCUAUGGGCUUCUCACGUGCCAUGCUGGAUGCUUACGAUCCUCCGGGUAACGACGCCCCGUUACAGAAUCUUGGACCAGGCCAAGAACCUAUGCACGUCGCCACGAACGGCCAACUUGCUUUCGAAGCUACAAUGUAUGCAUUGAUCUCCCUAGGCAGGAUAAGUCCGUCUGCGAACCCUACGCCCGAAGAUCAAGCUGCGCAUACAGAGCUCAUGCAGGACUUGAGCAAGGCCUACCGGCAAACGCGCGUUCCAGGGCGUCUUGAAAGGAUCAACAUUGAGGUGUCCUCCGGCUCGUCAAAGGAGAUUCUGCUUGAUGGCGCCCACAAUGCGCAGUCAGCGGGAGUGCUCGGUCAAUACGUAGACGCACAAAGGAAGGCAGCACAGCCAGUCACGUGGCUUCUGGCAGCAUCAGAUACCAAAGACGUUAAGGAAAUGCUGCAGCAACUUCUCCAGCCAGGCGACAAGGUGUGUGCCGUCGAAUUUGGCCCCGUCGAUGGUAUGCCGUGGGUCAAGCCGAUGGCAGUAGCACAGAUCACCGCAGCAGCAAAGCAAGUGGUGCCUGAGCUUCAGCACGCUCAAGAAUGCGGCACUGAUGUUCGUGGGGCUUUGCAGUCUGCCAUUGCCGCUGCUGGUGAUGAUGGACUCGUUGUUGCGGCAGGGAGUCUGUACCUCGUUGGCGACAUCCACCGUCUCCAGGCUGGCGACCAUGAUUGA